CUCACAAAUGAUUUUAUUUACAAACAGAAAUAGAAUUAUAGGUACAUGAUUGAAUUGUUUAUAACUAAGACAUAUAAAAUAUUCUGUAAUAAAAAUGUCUGAUGUCGAAGUUGAGGUACCGACAACGUUUAAGAAACGAAACUUAAAGAAAAGAGGUGGCAGAAAACGAAAAACAUCUAGUUCAGAAGAAAAAAACAGCUCAGAUUCCGAUGAACCAACUGUUGUUUUACCAACUAAGAGACCUCAGAAAGCGAAUCCAAAUGUUCAAACGACCGGUGGAGAGAAGAAACAACGAGUAAUAUUAGAUGAUGCUAGCAGUAAUGAUGAAGAAUUCCAUAAACCAACAACAACACUGUCAGUGUUGCAACAACGGGAAAAUGCUACGGCUACAUAUGAAAUGGACACAGAGAAAGACAAAGAUGCUCAAGCGAUAUUCGAGAAAUCACAGAAAAUAAACGAAGAGUUACAAGGCCAAGCUGAUGAUAAGGUAUACCGAGGUAUUAAUAAUUAUGCCCAAUAUUAUAAAAAACAAGAUACAGCGAUCGGCAACGCAAGUUCCGGUUUUGUGAGGAAGGGUCCUAUUAGGGCUCCGGCCAAUUUAAGAUCUACUGUCAGAUGGGAUUAUCAACCGGAUAUAUGCAAAGAUUAUAAGGAGACGGGUUUCUGUGGUUUUGGAGAUUCUUGUAAGUUCUUGCACGACAGAUCAGAUUACAAGCACGGAUGGCAAUUGGAGUUGGAGGAAACCAAAACGAAAGAGGGGGAGUCUGACUAUGAAAUAGAUAGUGAUGAUGAACUGCCGUUCAAAUGUUUUAUAUGUAGGGGUAGCUUCAAGGAUCCCAUAGUGACGAGAUGUAAACACUAUUUUUGUGAGAAAUGUGCGCUGCAAAACUAUAAGAAAUCAACGCGGUGCUUUAUUUGCAACGCCCAAACGAGUGGUGUCUUUAAUCCGGCGAAAGAACUCGAAGCUAAAAUUAAAGCACGUGCUAUGGAUGAUGAUGAUGACGGUGAUGACGAUGGUGAUGAGUGAUAAAUAAAUG